GUUUACUGAGAAAACAAAAUGGCGGCUUUGUCAGUGUACAGUUUUUUGAGUGGAUUGGGAUUCUUAGUAUCAGUAUAUUCUGUGGUAAUAGAACACGCAAAGUUGGAAGAUGAUUCUUAUUCUCCUCUGUGUGACAUUAAUGAGAGGAUAUCCUGUACAGCAGUAUUGACUUCAGAAUACAGUUAUGGUUUUGGAAUAGUUGAACUGAUUCUCAACAAAGAUCAUUUCUUAAAUCAACCUAACUCUUACUAUGGAGUCCUAUUCUAUCCCCUUCAGUUCAUCAUUGGUUUGUACAUACUAGAGAGCAAAGGAUUGCUGUCAUUAUCUGCACUGCUUAACACUGGAGUCAGUGCUGUGUCCCUAUACUUGAUGUACUUGUUGUUUUUUGUCAUUAAUAAAGUCUGUUUGGUUUGCCUUGUCAUUAACAGCAUUAACUUCUUCUUAUUGAUUUAUUCUAUUGCUGCACUCUUGAGGAAAAAAGAGAAAAAUAAAAAGGAAUAAAGACAAAGAGCUUAUAUUAAAGAAAGCAAACUGGUAUUUUGCAACAUUUUGAGACUACAACUGCAGAACUUUUGUAAUUUAUACAUUUUUAAUUUGCAAGAAUCUAUUUAAAGCA